CCGGGGCCCGUGGAGGGGGAUGGAGGGUCCCGAGCGUGCAGGGGGGUCCCGGGGGUCCCGGAGGAGCGAAGAGGGGAGUCCCGGGGGUCGCGGAGGCUCGCGGAUGGGGAAGGGAGGGUCCGUCAAGGGAGGCGGAGGCGGCCCGGGGGUUGGCGGUGUCCCUGGGGAGGCGGAGCGGGUCCCGGAGCCCCCGGCGGGUCCCACGGCCGCACGAAGGGUCUGGGGCUGCGGGCCCCUCUCCGCACGCGGCGCGGAGCAGUCGAGACGCCGGUCCUCCUAACGUGCUAGAGAAGCAGCGUCCGCCACCUUCCCAGAGGCCCCCGCGCGUUCCCGCCGUGCGCAGCGCCUUCCGGUUUUCGGUGGCAGUGGCAGAGAGGGCCAGGCGGCAGCAGUAGGCAUGGCGUACCGCGGGCAGGGCCAGAAGGUGCAGAAGGUGAUGGUGCAGCCCAUCAACCUCAUCUUCCGCUACCUGCAGAACCGAUCCAGGAUCCAGGUGUGGCUUUAUGAGCAAGUGAACAUGCGGAUAGAAGGCUGCAUCAUUGGCUUUGAUGAAUAUAUGAACUUGGUACUGGACGACGCAGAGGAGAUUCACUCUAAAACAAAAUCAAGGAAGCAGCUGGGUCGGAUCAUGUUAAAAGGGGACAAUAUCACUCUUCUACAAAGUGUUUCUAACUAGGAUUUGGGGUUCUUCGCUUAGACUGAUGCCUGUGGUGCUUCGGAGUGAAUGAAGUGCUGGUGGGAGCAGGACCAGUAGGCAGGAAUUUGUGUGUAACUGGGGUCACACACAGAGUUGGAAACUGCAUGUCCCUUUGUGUACGUGAUUUGGUUUUUUUGUAGUUUGAAACAGUGCAGGAUUGUAUUUCAUAAAUAAACAUUUUUCAUAGUAACUGUA